GUACGAAGUUUGAUUUUACUUCAUAUUUUAGCCUUAGUUGGAUGUUUUGAACAAUUCAAAUUUUUUUUCUGUUCUAUAUUUUCCGAAAACUAGUUUUUAAUGACAUCUAUUUAUUUUACCUAACUUUAAUGUUCAUUUCAUGGCUUCAGUUUCAAGUUCGUUCCAAUUCGCAGUAGAGAUGGUAAUGUAAAAAGAUGCUUUGUGAUCUUUACUUUCACUAUCAGCAAGUACUUGUUUUAAUGUACAAAGACUUUCUAUUAAUGAAAAGGAGGUAUGUAUGGACAGCUUUUUUUUUCCUGAUUCCAACAUUUAUUGCAUGCAUACCUGUGCUUCUUACAUGGACUCUUGAUGACUUAAAUCCAGUUGUAGUGAAUUUUUAUCAAGACUUCAUCUUUGGAGGAAAAUUUACUGGCAGAAAUGCAACGAACAUUCAAAAGGAAUAUGAGAUAUUAACAAAUGCCAAACCUUUUGUAUUAUCAAAUGACAUCAAACAGAAUAAUAUGGAUCUAUUCAGCGUGAAAGUAAAUGAGAUGCAUAAUGCUUUCAGAAGGCCUAAAUUACUUAAUGAGAAGGAUUAUAAGUUUAUUUAUUCUCCAGACAACAGUGUUACUUUUGAUCUGAUGCAACAAUCUGUUACUCUCUGGGUUAAGAAGAUGAAUAUAUCCACUGGUGUCAGUGUUUUAGCUUUUGAGAAUGAGUUUGAAUUAGAGGCUGUUGUAUUUGGUGUGCCUAAUAUGACAUACUUAAUUGGAACAGUGUUCCAAAACAUACAUGAUUAUCUGCCUGAUUCUUUGGAAUAUAAAAUCCGUGUGGGUGCUAAGGAUGAGUUUUAUACUUGCGAACAUAGUAAUUCAGGAAGAUAUGCAUGGAUUGAUGAUUUUUAUGUUGAAACGUGUUUUCUUGGAUGGCAAACAGCACUAGAGCAGACAUUUAUUAGCAUGACUGUUGAGUCAAAUCAUUCUAAAGUUGCUGUUCAAAAUGCAUUGAAUUCUAUUUAUCUGAAUCCAUUUCCAAAAGCUGAAAAAACUUUACACCCAAAAAGGAUGUUUUUGAAACAGGUUUGGCCAUUUGCAUUCGGUUUUGCCUUUUUCAUAUUUGCUUGCUGUGUUGUUGCUCAACUUACAAUGGAAAAAGAAUAUGAAAUAAAGACAAUGCUGGUAAUAAUGAGAAUGAAAAGAACCCCAUACUGGCUGAGCUUCUUUAUCAGGAACUUAUUAAAUGGCGCUUUGAUUGUAUUUCUUUUAAGUUGCUGUUAUAAGUUUUUGGUUCCAAUAGAUGUACCUUUGUUUGAAAAUGCUAACUUGGGCAUCAUUUAUUAUCUUCUCAUAUGUUUCUUUAUAAAAUUGCUCUUGUUUUGCAUGGUGUUCUCAAUAUUUUUCAGAAAUAGUAAGUCUUGCUAUGUUCAUAUAUUUAUCUAA